AUGGCAGGGGAAAUAGUCUACGCCGACCUGCACCUCCCCUCUGGCUUUCUUGGCUCUGGGGUGCCUCUUUCAGCUCAGCCCCUCAGUCCCCCGAGUCCCCGGUGGCAUCGGACAGCGCUGUGGGUCGGAUGGAUUGGGAAUAUUGUCCUGGUGAUUGCUGUGAUAGCGCUGGGGAUUUGGGUUUCCCACUUGGUGUCCGAGAAGGGACCGACCCCGGCAGCCCCUGGGAGCGACGGAGUUGGGAGCAGAGACCCCAGCACAGCAGAAUGCAGCGCCCGCCUGGAGCGUUUCCGAUCCCAUCUGAGCCAACGUCUGUGCCACCCGGCCCCGUCCGGCCCAGCAGGGGGCUCUGAGUGCAAACUCUGCCCCACGGACUGGCGUCUGCACGGGGACAAGUGCUACUGGGUCUCCAGGGGAGGUGAAAUGUGGAGUGAGAGCCGCACCGACUGCUCAGCGAGGGGCUCCCAGCUGCUGGUGAUCCAGGACCCCAAGGAGCUGGAGUUCCUAAAGGACCUGACACAAGGUUCACAUCUGUUCUGGAUCGGACUGUCCGUCUCCUCCCCGGAGAAGGCCUGGACCUGGCUGGAUGGCUCCCGGCUGGAUCAGAGCCUGUUCCAGGCACCAGGCCCGGCUAAGGGGAACAGCUGUGGGGCGGUGAAGGGGAACCAGAUUCAUUCUGACACCUGCGAUUCUGCAUUUCAGUGGAUUUGCCAGAGAGACGCCAUUCCGCUCUGAGCAGGGUACGGGGGAGACCUCAGAGCGCGGCACCGUUACCCCCAUGUCACACAGAGGUAGUUUCAGCACAUAUGGGGACAGUCCCAAGGGGAUCCCUGUGACCAAACCUCUCACAGUGUCGUGACCUAAGUUCCUUCUAAGCUGCACAGACGUGCAGCUACCUAUUAAGUCCCGUGCCUCUCCCCUGGCCCCGAGCUGCUGCGGUGAGAGAGGGCUGGGGGAG